AUGGAGGAUCCGCAGAGUGAAUAUCAGCGGAUGAUGAGACGCCACCACCGCGAGAAGAGGGAGCUAGAGGAACGCAUCUACACCAUGAAGAAUUUGGUCCCCAAGAGUGACAGGAAGAGAAGAAAGCAGUUGCUCCUAGACGUGGCCCGCCUCCAGGCCGAAUUGGAGCAGAAGCACCGGCAAGAGGUGGAGAAGUUCCGAGAGAGAUACCCUGACAAUAGCGACCUCGAUUCUGUCACUGAAGAUCUGGCCAAGAUUGAUCUCGAGAACAAGCCUCCCAGCCUGUUGAGGGCCCAGAAAAGGUGGGAAAGAAGGGCGGCCCUUGAGAGAGCACGCCGGGAGAGGAUCGCCGAGGCCGAAAGGGAGCGCCGGACCAGCUUCGGUCGCGAAGAGGAGAAGAAGCUCACCGCCAUCCUGCGGGCCAGGAAUCUGGAGAUGAAGGAUAUCCCGGCCGACGGCCACUGCAUGUACCGCGCCAUCCAAGACCAGCUGAUGUUCUCCACGACCGUGGAGAGCCUGCGUUCCCGCACCGCCACGUACAUGCAGAAGCACGUCGACGACUUCCUGCCCUUCUUCAGCAACUCCGAAGCCGGCGAUGCCUGCAGCCGCGAAGACUUCAUGAGGUACUGCGACGACAUCGUGCACACCGCGUCGUGGGGAGGCCAGCUCGAGCUGAGGGCCCUGUCGCACAUCCUGCAGACCCCCAUCGAGGUGAUCCAGGCCAGUUCGCCCGCCAUCGUUGUCGGGGAGGAGUACACCAAGAAGCCGCUCACCCUCGUCUACCUGCGCUACGCCUGCAGCUUUGGGGAGCACUACAACUCAGUGAAGCCGCUCCAGGCGGGCCCUGUCGGGGUCCGGGCCCCGCGUCUCUUCUAG